GUCCUGCGACGCGUCUCCUUUACACUUUACCAACAUGGACAAUUGGAGCGACGAUGAAGAAAAAGAUGCUCAGGCAUUUAUGGAAUAUAUUCCUACGCUGGGAAAACCAAUUGUCAUAGACGACAGCAGCGAUGAAGAAAUCCCUUCGAGCAUCGUCCCAAAUGCCGACAAAACUGACAAGAAACAAGUCAAUGAGUCAACCUCUACGCAUACGGGUUUAAAACUUCCUUCUGUUCAUGUUGGUUCCGCUAUGAAACGUCAAAGUUUAGCGACUUUAGGUAGUUCCAAUUCCGGAAAGUCUGUUUCCUCAGCUACAGGAUCUCCAGCAACUCCCUCUUCUUCCUCCGCCAUUCCUUCUCCCUCUAUUCCUAAAAGUCUACGUGCUCCUACUCCGCGUUCUCGUCUUACCAUGCUUGCAACUCCUCGUUCACGCAAGUCAACAACGCCAUUGUCAACUUCAUCCUCUUCUAAUGCCCAAAUCAAAACCAAAUCCACUCACACAACCGCCGGAUCUGCACAGAAACGGUCUGUUUCGGCCUCCUCUAUCGCACGUCGUGCUCGGUUACAAUUCGAAAAGCAGAGAGAGCAAUUGGCCUCCGAUUUUGCGAAACAACUGGACGACAAGGUGUUCGGUGGGAUGCUGGCAAAGUCCAUGAAGGACGAGAACAUUGAGAUCGUGUGGUCGAAAUCAUUUGCUACCACUGCUGGUCGUGCCAAUUUAAAGAGAGCAAAUCCGUCCACGGGAAAAGCUUACCGAGCGUUUAUUGAACUGUCUACUAAAGUUGUGGAUUCUGAAGAAAAACUGAAGAAUACUCUUGCUCACGAGAUGUGUCACCUUGCUUGUUGGAUGCUAGACAAAGUGAUGCAGCCUCAACACGGAGUCGCAUUCAAGGCUUGGGCUCGCAAGGUGAUGAAUGAAUUUCCUUCUGUACAGGUCACUACGAAACACAAUUACGAAAUCGAUUACAAAUUUCAAUGGAUUUGCACGAACAACGAAUGUGAAAAGAUUUAUGGUCGUCAUUCCAAAUCCAUUGACCCGGCCGUACAGGUUUGCGGCGCUUGCCGUUCUCGUCUGCUUCAAAUAAAGCCAGAAGUUCGACAGCCAAACGCUUUUCAACAAUACAUGAAAGACAACAUGUCCAAGCUCAAAGCUGCCAAUCCUACUCUCACUCAUAAAGAGUUGAUGACAAAGUUGGCUACCGGCUACCGUGAAUUGCAGGAAAAGAAGCCAACUAGCACGGUGACCACUAUCACCAACGACAUAAAGACUAUGACAAUAGAGGACGCUAUCGUCGUUAUUGAUUAAACAACUAGCUGCAUUUCCCUCUUUUCUUACCAUUUCGGCCUUUCACUUAUGCGGGCCUCUGUACGACUAUUGAAGAAGAUACAUACAACACAAACAUAUACCCCUUUUAUAAAACGCAAUACCCAUUCAUAUUUCCUCGCACGCAACCGUACAAGAAAAGUAACUACCAACCUUUGCAUUGAUCCAUAGAACAACCCGUAAACAAUGUAUAAACAGCAAAUGCACUUUAUGCUUUUUAUGACCGAUUCAAUGAUAAAAUGAAGAAAAGAAAUUAAGAAAAAAACAAACGAAACAGAGGCGUCGUUGUUCAGGAGAGAGUGCGUAGCGAACUCAUUGAGACGAUACACCGUAAGAACGAUAAUAACACGCCCUAAAUAAUACACUUCCUUUUAUACAGAA